AUGGAAGGGCAAAACGUUACCACGGAAGUCCCGGCAGCCCUAAAGCGCCUGGCCAAGUACAUAGUGCGUGGUUUCUACGGAGUGGAGCACUCCCUGGCCCUCGACGUCCUGAUCCGCUACCCCUGCGUGAAGGAGGAUGACUUGCUGCAGUUGCUCAAGUACGAACGCAAGCAACUGCGCGCCGUGCUCAACACGCUCAAGGCAGACAAGUUUGUGAAGCUGCGUAUGCGGGUCGAAACGGGGCCCGACGGGAAGAGCACAAGGCACAAUUACUAUUACAUCAAUUACAAGGUGCUGGUGGACGUGGUGAAAUACAAACUGGAUCACGUGCGCCGGAAAAUAGAAGCGGAUGAGCGGGAUUCGACUACCAGGUCUUCUUUUAAGUGUCCGUCUUGCUCCAGCACUUACACGGACCUGGAGGUCAAUCAGCUCUUUGACGUGUUUACAGAGACGUUCCGCUGCACUUACUGCAACACGGAAGUAGAGGAAGACGCCUUGGCCCUUCCGAAGCGCGACGCUCGAACCUUGCUAGCAAAAUUCAACGAGCAGAUUGAGCCCAUCUUCGUGCUGCUGCGGGAGACUGAAGAUGUUGUUCUGCCGUACGACUUGCUGGAGCCUCAGCCAACAGAAAUACCAGAGUUAUCAGAAAGCUUUGAUCAGAAGGUGGGUUCAAGCAUGCUGGAAUCCUGCAGCCGGCCUGAAAAAUGGGCCACCAGAAGUUCCUCUUCUGGCAAUAUGUACACCCAAAACUUAGUUAUUGAAGUCCAAGACUCGGAGCCCAAGAAGAAAACAAGAGAAAAAGCAACUAAAGAGCAACCGAUCUGGAUGUCGGAAAGCACCGUGGAAAGAGCAACAACAGCCACCAGCAACAGUGUUGGAGUAAAUGCUUCUGAAGAAACUGAAGAAAGCGUUAAGGAAACUGUCACGGACAAUGAAAUCAUCAAGACUCUUCUGAUCCAUGAAUCCAAGUCAUCAUCCAGCACGGACCAGGCUCCUGUUGUCCCUGGCAAACUGGCCAAGUCAGGCAGAGAUACCAGUGAGUCUGAGGAGGAGGCCAGCCACUCGGGAGGGGAAGCAGCAGGCUUCAAAUAUGAGGAGGAGCAGGAGACACGAGGUCCUGUUUUAAUGGUAGCCGGUCAGCCUCGCUCAUACGGUGAAGUCAGUGAAAAUCCAGAGCUCGUGUCUCUCAUGACAACCGAGGAGAAAGAAGCUUACAUAAAAGUAGGACAAGAAAUGUUCCAGGCUGUCUAUGAAUAA